AUGAAGUUUUGCGGAGAGUGUUUGCAGCCAUGUCUUCAGGUGUCGUCUCCUCUUUGUCCGCUUUGUCGCAUGCCUUUCGACCCAAAGAAGGUGGAAAAAGCUUCCAAUGUAGACAAACAACUCUCUUCAUAUAAAGCUCCUUGCAGAGGAUGCAGUAAGAAGGUAACUCUCGCAAAGAUGAGAUCCCACAUUUCUUCAUGUGCCAAGGUGCAAGAGCAGAUGGCCAACUGUCCAAAGUUUGUUCCAGUUGUCCCAACUUCUCAGCCCAUUCCCAGUAAUAUUCCAAACCGGUCCACCUUUGUGUGUCCAUACUGCGGGGCCCGGAACCUGGACCAGCAGGAGCUUGUGAAACAUUGCAUGGAGAAUCACCGGAGUGACCCCAACAAAGUGGUGUGCCCCAUCUGUUCAGCAAUGCCGUGGGGGGACCCCAGCUAUAAGAGUGCCAACUUUCUUCAGCAUCUUCUCCAUCGGCAUAAAUUCUCUUACGACACAUUUGUGGAUUACAGCAUCGAUGAGGAAGCGGCGUUACAAGCGGCUCUGGCCCUUUCGCUGUCCGAGAACUGAAGAUCCCUUUUAGGAGC